AUGAGCCAGGCGCAGCCCUACGCCCCGCGCAAGGGCAGCUCCCCGGCGCCCGGGGCCCGGCGGAACGACAGCCAGGACUACCUGCUGCUGGACGCGGAGCUGUGCGAGGAGAGCGCCCUGCCGCCCUACGCAUUCUACCCCGUCCGGGGCAACGAGAACAGGCUGGCCCUGCGGCGACAGACCAUCCUGCGGGAGAAGGGCAGGAGGCAGGCCAGCCGGGGGCCGGCCUACAUGUUCAAUGACCGCUCCACCAGCCUUUCCCUGGAGGAGGAGCGCUUCCUGGACGCCGCCGAGUAUGGCAACAUCCCGGUGGUUCGCAAAAUGCUGGAGGAAUGUCCCUCGCUCAACGUCAACUGCGUGGACUACAUGGGGCAGAAUGCCCUGCAGCUGGCGGUGGCCAACGAGCACCUGGAGAUCACCGAGCUGCUGCUGAAGAAGGAGAACCUGGCCCGGGUGGGGGACGCCUUGCUGCUGGCCAUUAGCAAGGGCUACGUUCGGAUAGUGGAGGCCAUCCUGAGCCACCCUGCAUUCGCCGAGGGCAAGAGGCUGGCCCUGAGUCCCAGCCAGUCGGAGCUGCAGCACGACGACUUCUACGCGUACGACGAGGACGGCACGCGGUUCUCGCACGACGUGACGCCCAUCAUCCUGGCGGCUCACUGCCACGAGUACGAGAUCGUGCACACCCUGCUGCGCAAGGGAGCGCGCAUCGACAGGCCGCACGACUACUUCUGCAAGUGCAGCGAGUGCAGCCAGAAACAGAAGCAUGACUCUUUCAGCCAUUCUAGGUCCAGGAUCAAUGCCUACAAAGGUCUGGCCAGCCCUGCCUACCUGUCUUUGUCCAGUGAGGACCCGGUCAUGACUGCCUUAGAGCUCAGCAAUGAGCUGGCCGUGCUUGCCAACAUUGAAAAAGAGUUCAAGAAUGAUUACAAGAAACUGUCUAUGCAAUGCAAAGAUUUUGUAGUUGGACUGCUUGAUUUGUGCAGAAAUACCGAAGAAGUGGAAGCUAUUCUGAAUGGUGAUGUGGAGAUGAACCAUAAUAAUGGAGAGCAUGGUCGUCCCAGCCUCAGCCGCUUAAAACUCGCCAUCAAGUAUGAAGUUAAAAAAUUUGUAGCACAUCCAAACUGCCAGCAGCAGCUCCUCUCUAUCUGGUAUGAGAAUCUGUCGGGUUUGCGGCAGCAGACGAUGGCAGUGAAGUUUCUGGUUGUCCUCGCGGUUGCGGUCGGACUGCCCUUUCUCUCCAUGGCCUAUUGGAUUGCUCCUUGCAGUAAGCUGGGGAGGAUAAUGCGUGGCCCAUUCAUGAAGUUUGUAGCCCAUGCAGCUUCUUUCACCAUUUUUCUUGGUCUGCUUGUCAUGAAUGCAGCUGACAGGUUUGAUGGCACGAAACUCCGACCCAAUGAAACAACAGACAACGUAAAACAGCUUUUUAGGAUGAAAACAUCAUGUUUCUCAUGGAUGGAGAUGCUUAUUAUUUCUUGGGUAGUAGGCAUGAUAUGGUCUGAAUGUAAAGAAAUUUGGUCCCAAGGUCCAAAGGAAUACCUGUUUGAGUUAUGGAAUAUGCUUGAUUUUGGUAUGUUAGCAAUUUUUGCAGCAUCAUUUAUAGCAAGGUUUAUGGCAUUUUGGCAUGCAUCCAGAGCCCAGAACAUCGUUGAUGCAAAUAUGAAAGAUCUGACAAGUCCAACACUGGAGCCUAACAUAAAAUACUACACCUUGGCCAGAAUAAACUGGGAUCCGUCUGAUCCUCAGAUCAUUUCUGAAGGGCUGUAUGCGAUUGCAGUGGUGUUGAGUUUCUCACGGAUAGCCUACAUCUUACCAGCUAAUGAAAGCUUUGGGCCACUGCAGAUAUCACUUGGCAGAACCGUGAAAGACAUCUUCAAGUUUAUGGUCAUAUUUAUCAUGGUGUUUGUGGCUUUCAUGAUAGGCAUGUUUAAUCUCUAUUCCUACUAUCUGGGGGCAAAACAAAAUGAAGCGUUCACAACUGUUGAAGAAAGCUUCAAAACAUUGUUCUGGGCUAUAUUUGGACUCUCAGAAGUUAAAUCAGUUGUUAUCAAUUAUAAACACAAAUUUAUUGAAAAUAUUGGUUAUGUUCUCUAUGGAGUCUAUAAUGUUACCAUGGUCAUCGUCUUACUGAACAUGCUUAUUGCAAUGAUCAACAGUUCAUUCCAGGAAAUUGAGGAUGAUGCUGAUGUAGAAUGGAAAUUUGCAAGGGCUAAACUUUGGUUUUCUUACUUUGAAGAAGGGAGAACUCUUCCAGUACCCUUCAACUUAGUGCCAAGCCCAAAAUCUUUGCUGUAUCUCCUAAUCAGAAUCAAAAAAUGUAUUUCUAAACCAUUUUUGUGCCAAAAGAAAAGCUUUCAGGAAGAUGCAGAGAUGAAUAAGCUUGAUCAAAGGAAGCAAUCGAGUAUCAGAAGCUCAGAUGAAAUCCACUUGAACAGUUUAAACAAUCCUCCAAGACAAUACCAGAAAAUAAUGAAGCGUCUUAUUAAAAGAUACGUGUUGAAAGCUCAGAUCGAUAAGGAAAGUGAUGAAGUCAAUGAAGGUGAAUUGAAGGAAAUUAAACAGGACAUCUCAAGUCUCCGGUAUGAACUCCUUGAGGAAAAAUCUCAGAAUUCUGAAGAUCUGGCAGAACUUAUAAGGAAACUUGGGGAAAAACUGUCACUUGACUCUAAAGAAGAAGAAAGCGAGAGAUAACCAAAAUAAGAUAUGCAACAGAAUGUUAACAAUUCACUUAAAGCCAUAUUUCUGUUUUCUUCAA